AUGCACUCCGAACCCUCCGGCCGCGCCAGCCCUCCGCCCGGCCAAUUCAACAAGCACCCCAAGCAUCCCACCGAGGCCCGCGAGCGCCUGCGCACCCACUUCGGCAGCACCGAGCCCAAGGACCAGGGCCCGCGCUGGGACGACCUGUGGAAGGAAGGCGACUUUCUGCCGUGGGACAAGGGCUUCCCCAACCCGGCCCUGCACGAGCUGCUGACGACGCACGUCUUCUCCAACCGCUCCAAGGACGUCAAGCAGGACGAGCGCCCGCUGGUGCCCGCGCCCGUCGACGACCGGACCAAGCGACGGAAGCGGGCGCUGGUGCCCGGCUGCGGCAAGGGCUAUGACGUCGUGCUGCUGGCCUCGUACGGCUACGACGCGUGGGGGCUGGAGGUGAGCUCCCAUGCCAUCGAGCAGGCCAAGAAGUGGGCGCGGGACGUCGAGGACAAGGACUUCCACAAGUACGAGACGAUUGACAAUGAGAUCGGACGCGGCUCUGUCAACUUUGUGCUCGGCGACUUCUUCAAAGACGAUUGGAUCAGGGAGACUGGCGGCGCCGAGUUCGACUUGAUUUAUGAUUAUACGUUCCUCUCUGCUCUUCCGCCUCAGCUUCGUCCAGCGUGGUCGCUGCGCAUGUCGCAACUUCUCUCCCACGAUCCACACGCCGGGCUCGUCUGUAUCGAGUUUCCGACGUACAAGGAGCCAUCCACAGGAGGCCCACCGUUUGGCUGCCAGCCGAGAGUGUACGAGCAGCACCUCAGUCGUCCCGGGGAAGAGUUGGAGUACGGUGACGACGGCCACGUUAUCGAGGAGCGAGGCGAGGAUGGCGUGAUUCCGAGGAACAAGAAUGGGCUGGUUCGCCUCGUGCAUUUCCAUCCCGAGCAGAGCCAUGAAAUCGGAAAGGGCACCGAUUUCGUGAGCAUCUGGCGACACCAAGCUGCUGCAUAA